CUAAUCUCCCUUUAUAAAUGAAAUGAUGCAGAUGGCGAGGACGUGUUCCCCUUAUUCAGCUCUUUUUUUUACGUUCAUUUUUUGGAAGGUCCAACACCGAGUUCGCCCGAGGUAUCCUCCCCUCCAUCUCUAUUACACUUUGAUUCAGAAAGCUGCCUGUCUUUCCUCUCUUUCCAAACUCUUCUCUUCCAAUGCCUUCCUUUGUUUUGAGCUGCUGAAGAAUUAUGUUGCAUAGAGCAGCAACCAAUGCAUAUUCAUGGUGGUGGGCCAGCCACAUCAGGACCAAGCAGUCUAAAUGGCUUGAACAAAACCUUCACGAUGUGGAAGAAAAGGUGCAAUUCAUGCUGAAAAUCAUUGAUGAUGAUGGAGACUCAUUCGCUCAGAGGGCAGAAAUGUACUACAGGAAGAGGCCAGAGCUAAUAAACUUGGUGGAAGAAUAUUUCCGGGCAUACAGAGCAAUAGCAGAGAGGUAUGAUCACCUAUCAAGAGAGCUGCAACAUGCCAACCGAACUAUUGCAACUGUGUACCCUGAAAAGGUUCAGUUUGCCAUGGAUGAUGAAGAAGAAAAUGUUCCCAAGGGUAGUGGUGAUACCCUCCCUAAAGCUUUGCCUUCUCUUCCAAAAUCAACCAUCCCUAAAAUCCCUAAUAUUCCAAAGAAAGAUUUCCUGGUCCCAACUCCUGCAAUCUCAAAAAGAAAACAACUCAAGAAGACUAUCAGCUCCAUCAUAGCUGCAACAUGCUCGGGUUUGAGCAAAAUUGAGGCACUUGAUGAAAUCGACAAGCUUCAGAAAGAGAUUUUGAUGCUACAAACAGAAAAAGAGUUUGUCAAGAGCUCGUAUGAACGUGGGGCUGCCAGGUACUGGGAAAUUGAAAGCCAGAUCACGGAGAUGCAAUCCAGAGUUUCUGACUUACAAGAUGAGUUCGGUAUUGGCACAGUCAUUGAAGAUGAUGAGGCUCGCAGUUUGAUGUCUACCACUGCUCUCAAAUCAUGCCAAGGGACCUUGGCUCAAUUGCAAGAGAAACAAGAACGCGUAGCUGAAGAGGCAAGAGUGGAGCGCCAGAAGCUCAAGGAAACCCGGGAGAAGCUGCAGGCUCUCAAACAUCAAUUUCUUCCCAACCAAACACAACAGCCGCAGCACUCUCAGGACCAUGAGACUCUCAGCCAUCAAUUUCUUCCCAACCAAAUGGAAGAGUUGGAGCUCUCUACGGAGCAGGAGUCCCCGACCACAAGUGUGGAUAUGGAUUUGGAAUUGUUGCGGGAGAAGAUCAAGGAACAACUUGAACUGAAUUCUAAGACAACUGUCACGGCACCAGACGUGGCAGAGAGGAUUGAUGAACUUGUAGAGAAGGUCAUCACUUUGGAAGCUGCAGUCUCAUCUCAGACUGCUUUGGUAAGGAGAUUAAGAUUGGAGACAGAUGAGCUUCAGACACACGUUCAGACUCUGGAAGAGGACAAGGAGACCCUGAUUGAGGAUUCAGACAAAAUGAGCACCAAGCUAAUAGAGUUAGAGGAGGAGUUAAGCAGAGUUCAAAGUCUCAACCGGAGUGUGGAAGACCAAAACAAGCACCUCCAAACACAUUUUACUGAAGCAAGUUAUGCUCUGGACCAUCUUUCUGAAAAAUUGCAAGGUGUGAAGCUAGUUAUGGAGGCCAAGGAUAUGACUUGGUUUCAAGAAGAGCGAGCUGUUUCGGAUAUCUUAACAGAAAAAGAGUUCGAAGAACAUGAAGAUUUGCUUCCCCAGGGUAAUGGUUCAGCUCUCUCAGAAGAUAUCACCCAUGAGGAGGGGAAGAAAGAUGAGAAUCCAGAUUACAGUAGUUCUGUCAAAGCUGAAGAAGAAAAUUUCACUCAGUACAACCCUGGUAACAUUUUAGUGACUUCAGAAAACAUGAAAACAGGAAAUCAAGAGGAGAAAGGGCAUGUUCCAGAUCUCAGUCAUUCUGCUAAAGCUCCUGAUACUCCUGAAAAAGGUGAGGAACUAAAGGAGCAGAAGGAAGAUGAGAAGCAAGAAUUGGGCUACCCAGUAGACAGCAAUUCAGACAUUGAGGACCAGGAUUUGGGGAUGGAGGAAGGAGAUCAACCAAAUUGGAGGCAGCUGUUCAUAAAUGGUUUAGAGCACAGAGAAAAGACACUACUGGAUGAGUACACCUCAAUUCUUCGAAGCUACAAGGAAGUGAAGAAGAAGCUCACUGAGGCAGAGAAGAAAAACCGGGAUAGCUUCUUUGAAUCAGCACUGCAGAUAAGGGAACUGAAGAAUGCUAAUGCCUUGAAAGACGAAGAGAUUCGAUCACUACGUCAAAACAUCUCCCCACAAACAAAUCCAGGUGAAAAUUGGGACACCAGUUUGACCGAAGAUAAACCCUCACAGCAGGGAGAGGCCCAUGCUAGCAUAAGCAGAGAAGCCAGCUCCAAGUUUUCUAAUAUUCCUUCUCUAAAUCCAGAACAGCAGUCAGUUACUGGGUCAUUAGACAAUCAAUCCAUACAAGGAAAGGAAGAAUCAAUGGCAUCAGGGAGCAUGAAGAAGUCGCCUACAAAAAGUGAACAGGGUGAAAUCAAGGAAAUUCCUGUUGACGAGUCUCUCGCUGUUGUGACCACUGAAGAAAAAAUCCGUGCAGACAUUGAUGAUAUUCUGGAAGAAAACCUGGAGUUUUGGCUGAGGUUUAGCACCUCGUAUCAUCAGGUACAAAAAUUCCAGACUUCAAUCCAGGAUCUACAAGCAGAGUUGUUGAAACUGAAGGAAGAUAAGAAGAAUGAAGGAGGUACAAAGCAGCAGUCUACAAAAUCAGAUGCCCGCCCAAUAUACACACACAUGAGAGAGAUACAAACGGAAUUAUCAUUGUGGUUGGAACACAACGCCUUACUGAAAGAAGAACUGCAGGGUAGAUUCUCAUCUUUGUGCAACCUUCAAGAAGAGAUAUCAAGAAUCUUGGAUGCAGAUUCUAAUGCACAAGAAGCUGAGCUCAGCUACUAUCAGGCUGCAAAGUUUCAAGGUGAACUUCUGAACAUGAAACAGGAGAACAAGAAGGUUAAAGAAGAGUUGCAAAAGGGUCUUGAUCGUGUAAGAGCACUCCAACUUGAAGUCGAAAGGACACUGUCACAACUGGAUGAGGAUUUUGAGAUAUCAAAAUCAAAAAGUCAUCCUUCCAACUGGAAGAACUCAGUAAAUCGGACUCGAAUACCAUUGCGUUCUUUCCUAUUUGGGGUUAAGUUAAAGAAGCAGAAACCAUCAUUCUUUGCAUGCAUGAGUCCAACACUGCAGAAACAAUACAGUGAUCUAACAGCUGGACUCCCACCGUAGAUUGACUUUUCCCCUUUCCCCUCCGUCCUUUUUUCUUCUGAACAACACUUUCCACACAUGGGAUUUUCUUUUCUUGUACCUCACAGUUUCCGAUACUUACAAAAUUGAAUUUGAUGGGGAGUUUUUCCAUUUAACUUUGAUUUCCUUUUAACU